AUGAGCUCUUCGACACUGCCAGUAGCUCUACAGAGCAAGCUGCUGGGCUUCGGCAGAGCGUCCAGCGCGCAUCUGUCCGCCUUCAAUCUGGACCUACUCCGCAAUAUUGUAUUUAUAAUCUUUGUUCUUCGGUAUACGCGCAAGACUUUCUAUUCCCUUCGCGGAUAUGGCUUGGUCGGCACCGUUCGCAAUAUCUACAUUGCCGCCCGUUUGUUCUGCUACUCCAUCUUCCUGCGCACCCCCGGCGUGCGCGGCCAGGUUGAUAAGCAGGUCUCUACUGCUAUCGAGAACCUCCAGUCGAAACUCGUCUCCAGCGGCCCGGAUGUGAAUCGGUACCUCACCCUCCCCAAGGAGGGCUGGUCGCCGGAGCAGGUUCGCGCCGAGCUUGAUAAGUUGGCUGGCUUGAAGCAUACUCGCUGGGAAGACGGUCGCGUUAGCGGUGCUGUUUAUCAUGGAGGCGAGGAUCUUUUGAAGCUGCAGGCCGAGGCCUUUGGACAAUUUGGUGUCGCAAACCCCAUCCAUCCGGAUGUUUUCCCGGGAGUCCGGAAAAUGGAGGCUGAGGUGGUUGCUAUGGUUUUGGCUCUGUUCAAUGCCCCUUCGGAUGGCGCUGGUGUGACCACCAGCGGUGGUACCGAAUCCAUUCUUAUGGCUUGCUUGGCUGCCCGACAAAAGGCAUUUUUGGAGCGGGGAGUGACGGAGCCCGAGAUGAUCAUUCCUGAUACGGCACACGCCGCAUUCAUCAAGGCCUGCAAUUACUUUAAGAUCAAGCUACACCGAGUACCCUGCCCGGAACCCGAUUACAAGGUCGACGUUCAGGCCGUGCGCCGCUUGAUCAACCCCAACACCGUGCUGCUUGUGGGCUCAUCGCCAAAUUUCCCCCACGGCAUCGUUGAUGACAUCCCCGCCUUGUCGCGCCUUGCAACCAAGUACAAGAUCCCUCUCCACGUUGACUGCUGUCUGGGAUCUUUUGUCGUGGCUCUCUUGAAGAAGGCCGGCUUCGCUUCGCCGUACGAGGAGGAGGGUGGCUUCGAUUUCCGCCAGCCCGGUGUCACCAGCAUCAGUGUCGACACCCACAAGUAUGGAUUUGCGCCCAAGGGUAACUCGGUUCUGCUCUACCGCAACAAGGCGUACCGCAGUCACCAGUACUUUAUCUACCCGGAUUGGUCCGGUGGUGUCUACGCCUCUCCCUCCGUGGCCGGCUCGCGUCCCGGUGCUUUGAUUGCCGGUUGCUGGGCCAGUCUGAUGAGUGUGGGCGAGGACGGCUACAUCAACAGCUGCACAGAAAUUAUGAACGCCGCACGCAAAUUCGAAGCUUCUAUUCGAGAGCACCCGCUGAUCUCGCAAAAUCUCGAGGUCCUGGGUAACCCCAUGGUCAGCGUUGUCGCUUUCCACAGCAAGAACGGUGCCAUUGAUAUCUACGAUAUCGCUGAUGACCUCUCUGUCAAGGGCUGGCAUCUCAAUGCCCUCCAGUCCCCUGCUGCCAUCCAUUGUGCCUUUACCAUCCCCACUGCCAAGGCAGUCGACCAGCUGACCUGUGAUGUGGUCGAGGUCGUCCAGAAGGAGCUCGACAAGGCCGAGGAGCGCCGGCGACAGGGCAAGGCGUAUAUCCUGGAGCGUGGCGAUACUUCGGCGCUCUACGGUGUCGCCGGCAGCAUCCCUGACAAGAGCAUUGUCAGUCGUCUGGCAGAAGGUUUCCUCGACACCCUGUACAAAGCCUAA